GCACCGGGUGAAAAUGGCCAGUCUGUUAAAGAGAUCAUCCGUGUCGCUAAACGCUCGGGGGUGCAGUCACUACUUUUUGAUUAUGUAGAUGACAUACGUGCAGUACUUCCGCCACCACUUUGUUUCUCGAAAGAAGCUACUGAUCUUGACCUGGACAGGCAAGUCUACUUGUUUACGGUGCUUGGAUGUAAAGUUCACCAUAAAAAAGGGAAACUUAUUCCAGCCUCAACCGCGUUUCCAUGGCUAGGCUUUGAAGCCGACACUAUCAAUAUGAAAAUGAGAAUUGAAGAACGACGUCGCACCGAGUACAUCAAAGACAUCACAUCUUUUCUGGACGAACUCAACGAAAACAACUUCUC